AUGUCAAGCAGAGAUUCUUCAAGGAACAGGAGCAUCGGCUCGCUGACCUUUCAAGGUCGGCAGGAACCUGCCGACGAGGCUGCCGAGCAGGAUGAGGAGUACGAAAAUGGUUUCGAAGCUGACGCCAACGAGCCGGGCUGUGGUACAAUGUCCCGCGCUGCAGCGGAGCGAAUACGACUGAGGCGCAUCCUCGACGGCGGCGGCGCCACCACCGCCACGGCCGCCGCGGCGGCGGACGACCCUCUCGACGGUUCACCGCCGACGGAGCAGGACGGCACAUGCGAGGUGGCGGCUGCGGGUAUCAUUGUGUUGUUUCCUGACAGCCUGGGAAAGCUGCGGAAGCUGCUGGCGUUGGACCUCUCAAGAAAUGUACAACUGGUGGCGCUGCCGGAUGCCCUGUGCGACCUGACCGCACUCACGAGGGCCCGCCUGACACUCCCCAACCCUGGCCCCACCCGUCCCUCCCGCCGACCCAUCAUGGCACCGCGUACGGCACGUGUACGGCACCCCUCUCAGCUCGACAGCAACCAGCUGUCGUACCUUCCGCCCGAAUGCGCCAGCCUGCCUAGCCUGACGGCCCUGCACGUCUCCUACAACCGACUAACGGCUCUUCCUUCGGAGCUGGGGGACGCGUCCAGCCUGACGGGAAUAUUCGCUAACCACAACAAGCUCACAGCCCUGCCAGCGACCCUGGGCCACCUCCGGCAGCGGCUGGCUGACCUGCAACUCCACAACAACGAGCUGACGGUUCUCCCCCGGGAGCUGGGGCUGCUGGCCGCCCUCACUCGCAUAACCACCGGCUGCAACCCGCUGGUGCACCCCCCGCUGGCGGUGGCGAGACGGGGAGUGGCGGCGGUGCGGGAGUACCUGCUGGCGGACUGGCACGAGCCGGAGGAGCCGCAGAAACUCGAUCUGCAGCGGGGCACCGGUGUCGCUGGUGAGGACGCCGAUUCCGAGCAGCAGCCCCAGCCAGGUCGGGAACACGAACCCGACAUUGGCGACAUCGGCGCGGGUGGAGCCCGGGUGGGAGUAGGGGAGCCCCGGGGGGUCUCCAGCGCCAGGCGGUGGCGGCGGCUGAUGCUGAGCGUGGCGUGUAAGGGGUGUGUGGACAAGGAGGAUCGGAUCGAGGAGCUAGGCCAGCUACUACGCGGGGCCCGAGAGCGGCUGGAGCGAGCCGAGCGGCAGCUGGAGCACUCGCAGGAGAAGAUCCGACGCCAGGCGCAGGAUCUUACUGUACAAACACAACGAUCCGUACAGCUAGACGCUGAGGUCAGCAGGCUCAGCAGGCAGCUGGCGGAGGCUGCGUCGCUGGCUGCACCGCUGAGCCGGCGGCUUGGCGGCGGCGGUAGAGGUGGAAGCAUGGGGUACGAUCGUCGGGCUGAGGAGAUGGAGGAACAUUUGAGGAAGGAGGUGAAGGAGGCGCGGGGGGCGGCGGAGGCGGCUGGGAUGGCGGCGGAGGCGGCGGAGCGGGAGGCGCGGCGGCUUCGGCGAGACUUGGAAAGGCGCGAGCAGGAGGUGUUCGCGCAUCGCGAGCGCGCGGAGGAGCUCUCACUGGCGGUGGCUCGGGAGAGGGAGCGGUGCAAUGCGGCGGUGGCUGCGGCGACUGAAGCCACCCAGCAGGUGGAGCAGCUGCAGGUGGUGGUCAAGGAGCGAGACGAGCUGCGGAAGCGGGUGGAGGCGAUGGAGAAGGCGAGCCAGGAGGCAUGGAGGGCCGCACAGGUAGCUCGGGAUGGUCACCUUACCUCCGAAGCAAAUGCCGACGUGGUGCAGGCCAAGCUGGUGGCAACGGAGGCUGCCAACCGGCGGCUGGCGCAGCAGGUGCAGGAGGAGAGAGCCGCAGCUGCGCGGGCUGCAUUGGAGGCGGAGAGCAGGUUGGAGGAGGGCGAGAUGGGGCAAAAUCAGCUUCAGCUGGAAUCUGCCCGGCUACGCGCCGACUUGGCUGCGCUCACGGCCGAGCGGGAGGUGCUGCACGACUUAACGCGCCCGCAGGCGCCCGCAGCUGGCAGAUCAGGCGGAGCGUCCACCGGCUCGGGCUAUGUGGCGGGGGGGCAGCCGCGAACAGCUGAUGCUGUGGCGGAUGUGGCAGUACGCAGUGCUUGGGUACCGCCACAAAGGAUUUGA